GCGACCUGACAUCACGUUGUUGUCUCUUAUGCUGCGAUGUGUGGACGCGCCUCUGUGGACUUACGCCUCUCAUCCAGCGAUGGAGUCUUGGUCUGCGUUGGGUCAACUUUUUCCGCUUCAGUGGGAAGAUGAGAGUGAAGACUUAGAUCCGCGGAUGAUGUUCUUCUCAAAGGCAUACCACUGCUUUGUACUGGUGCUGAGCUUGGGUGGGGUUGGGCUGGCAGCCACCUCCCUGAGCUUUUGCACGGCCUCUGCAAGUGAAGCUGUUACUGCCGAUUUUUGCAGUAGCUGGCCUGCAACCGACGUAGCCAUCAAGCUGGGAUCACUGCUGACUAUCGGCUCAUGUGGUGGCUUGUUACAUUACUUCAAGAGUGCACAGAUGCAGAUCCAGAUAACUGAGCACCUCAAGGAGAGCAUUAACUGCUCGGGCUUAAACAGCCAUCUUUGCAGGCAGAAGAUCACCGAUGGCUGUGUCAUGGCACUACUUUGGAUUGCUAUCCUGAUCGUGCGUUUGUGUCUGUAUGGCUUGGCAGUAGAGCCAGACGCACAUCUCGCGCUGACGAUCAUCCCGCAUGCCUUUGCGUGUGCAAGUCUCCUAGGAGCAUGCUACCUGCAAGUGUCUUGCUGGAGAGGUAUCUCACUGACCAUUGUGGCCUUUGCUCGCUCUCUCCUCAGUGGAAACCUGCGAGGCCCAGCUGCCCGGGCGAAAUGGCGCGAGAUGACUGGUUGUAUGCGCCAGGCAUCGCGCAUGUAUCAGCUUACUUCGGCGGCCUUGGCGCUGACCACAGUGAUGGUCUUCUUCACUGCCCUCUUCGACAUUCACCAGGGCUUGAUGAUGCACGUGCUUCCCAAUGUGGUGGUUGCAGGGAGCCUGCUCAGCUCGUUGUACGUGGCAGCCUCUGCAUCGGCUCACUGUGCUAGGCUCCCCUCUUUGGUCAGCAUGCUUGAUGAUGGUGACGAUGAGAUGGAGCAGGAGUACAUGAAUCUCUCGUUGUUUCUGAGUUUGAGUGAGGCUGGUUUCUUCAUGUGGGACACCCGUGUUACACUAGGUGUGCUCCAGAAGUUCGUUUACUUUUCUACAGCGAUUGUGGGCACUAUUGGCUUUCAGCUGAAUGUGCUACACAUCUGA